CGACAGAACGGCCUUUGGUAGUUAUCAGAUCAUGUUGGUGGUAGUGGUAACGACGGUGAAAGUAUAAUGAAUGCGAGGGGAAGUAACUCCAACCUACUUAUUUAUCACCUGACUGGUGUUAGGUCUUUCAACCCAGCAGCAGUUGUUUAAAUGACACAACCUCUAUGACAUGUAGUAUCGUACUACCGAGUUACUUCACUCGCUUUUAAGUGUUUUGCUAACCAAGUAAUCAAAGACACCCUAACACAGCUUAACCAUGUCGAAGGCUGGUAAAUAUGGCUCUACUGUUCGUGAAUACAGAGAUGAUCCAGAUUAUGGUGACACUCGUAACACUGACCCUGAAAACAGUAACCUGUAUGUAGACGAAAUAUUAAAACAAAUUGGAAACAAUGUUUUUAAAAUAAACAAUGGAGCUAAUAAUUUGAACAAGGCUAUGAAGAUUAUUGGCACCGAAAGAGACAGUAAUGUUUUAAGAGACAGAAUACAUGAAACUUCUCAAUCUACAAAUGAAAUUGUUACAGAGACUGCUAAUCUAGUAAAAAAAAUUGUCCGAAAUCGUAAACUUACGCAGAACAGAAAGUUUGAAUUGGAAAGGUUGCGGAAUGAUUUCGAAGAAAGUUUUAAAAAAUUUACUGAACUUCAGAAAAAAGCAGCCGAGAAGGUUCGAACAGCAAAACCACUGCGACCCCCGCCAGGAGAGAGUCUAAUCGAUUUUGAGGAGGAUGACCAGGAAUCCCUACUACAGCGACAACAGCGAGAAGAACAGUUGAUGCAGCAACAGGAAAUUAUUGAAGAAGACACUGCCUUGAUCCUUGAGAGAGAAGAGAGGAUAAGACAGCUGGAGGGUGACAUUCUGGAUGUGAAUGAAAUCUUUCGAGAACUUGGGACCUUGGUCCAUGAACAGGGAGACGUAAUAGAUUCCAUUGAAGCCAAUGUAGAUAAUGGGUAUUCACGAGUUGAAAGUGGAAUGCAGCAGUUAACUAAAGCUGCAUCACAUCAGCCUGCAAGCCCUCUUGCCUCUGAUCCUUCUAGUCCCUUGCCAAGAGAAUAUCUACCAAAUUUACAGAAUCCUGCUAAUCAUCACUCUUCAACCGACAUGGCUCCGUAAGUAACACACUUGCAGAGAUAGCUUCCAUAUUUGCUGCCCACUUUGCCUCCAAUUCCACAAGACUUCUUUAAACUUCUCUUCUUCAAUCCUCAUGUACAUAUAUGUCAAGUACAAAACCUUCAGUCAUUUCAAUCCAACAAAGGCACUGACAGUAUCCCUUCCAUUUACCCCUGAAUAUUUUGCUCCAGUGUUACUCUCUAUCCAUGCAAUUCCAUCCACACAGGAAUCUAUCCUUAUCUUACAAAACUUUGUGUGUUCCAUUUCCGGGAAGAGCACCCUCACUCUCACUACCAACUAUCAACUUGUCACUUAACAAUCACCUUCUCCAACAAUUCAAGUCCUCCUCCUUCCUUGGUUUCUGUAGAUUCAAAUCACCUCACCACACUGACCUACACUAGCUUUCGUAUGCCCUAAGGUUUAGUUUAUGGUUCCACAGUUUCCCCGUUUGUAUAUUACCAACCUGCUUACUGUCAUCCACAACACUACCCUCACCAAUAUAGCUAUUGCUCUGAAUUCCUUCUUAACCUUCUAAACACAAAUGUCAUUCAUAUACAACCUUGAUACUUUGUAUCAAACCUAUGCUACUUUCAUGAACUAAAACCUUGGAAAUCUUUUCUAAUGGGGGCAUGGCAAUUUUGUUUCAACAACACAGACACAGUUAUUGUAUAUACCAAGGAAAUCAUCUUGUACCUUCACCAUCUUGAAUAAUAAUCGAUAAAAGAUGUCAAAACUGCUACAAAUACUGAGAUGCAGUAUUACUGGUGAUUGUUUACUUAGAAUAUAAAAGCUACAUUCCAAAGACUUGUUUUCCACUUCAGGAUUAGAAAAUAUUCAACUUUGAACUGAUGCAGGUCCACUGCAAAGCUCAAAUGAGACCCACAAUAAAAGUACUGCUUCCUCAUCUAGUUUGUGUUGCUGCACAAGCAAGCAUCUUAGAUUGCGUACAAAAAGAAGCCAUAUGGCAGAUUGACAAAGACUCGUCAACCUAUUUCAGCCUCUAACAUACAGGUGUCCUGUAUCUU